AUGGCACGGGCAAAAGGAAAAGGCAAAGCAAAAGUCCCUACAUAUUCAUCAUCUUCAGAUUCCACUGAUGCAAGUGUUCCUGCAUCUCCUCCUCCACAAAUAAAAGCUCCUCUGAAAGAUGAUGAUGGGAGAAAACUUAGAUUUGAACAAGGUGCUAGUUCCAAGGAUAGUGCAAGUGGAGGUAGCAAGGAAGGAAAUGAGAAGGAUAUGAGUGAUUCUGAAUCUGAGUCGGAACCACAUACUCCUGCUCCUGCUGCUCCUACAAAAGAAAAGGCAAAAACAGCUCAAAAGGAACAAAGAAGCAAGCAGAAAGAGCAAACUGAUAAACCAUCUGGUAAAAAGGCUAAAACUGGCAAAAAGUCUACAACAGACCGUACUCUGCACAGAAUCGAGUUAGCGGUGGCCUCGUUAUUCCCUUAA